AUGUCAACAAAUAUAAAUAAUAAUAACAAUAGUAAUAUCAAAAUUAAUAAUAAUAACAAUAAUAUUAAUAUAAACCAACAAAAUAUGACAAAUACAAAUCUCAAUACAAAUGCAAUGUUUUCUCAACAGCAACAACCACCUAAUAUGAAUAUAGCUAAUUUAAACACUACACAAUUAAACUCCCUUCAUAUAUCAAGCCCAAAUUUAAAUAUGCACAAUAACCAAAAUAACGAUAAUAUAAUAAACAAUAAUAAUAAUAAUAUUAAUAAUAUUAAUAAUAAUAAUAAUAAUAAUAAUAAUAAUAACAAUUUAAAUGGAGAAAGUAAUGAUUUUGAAACGAACCCAUACCAACAAGAUAUAGGCGAUGUUUGUUUUAUGGUAGAGAAAAUACAUGUAGAUAAAGAAGAAUCAGAUUCAUAUAUGCCGUAUAUUUGUUAA